CAGCUCUUCAGUCAUUGGGCUACUAAGUAGAUGAGUCCUAUACAAUUGUGUAACACACAGCCCUUCAGUCAAAAACAUAUUCCUCUCAACAUUGACAGGAAGUGCCUCCUCUGAGUAAUGAGAAGGAGCCAUGUCUUUAGAGUUGAGGAUAAGGGAAGUGUAGGCCAGGCUGAGAGAGGCGUGUGUGUCUGUCUUGUGUAACCAGGUGGAGCAACACUAAGCCACUUCCUGUACGCUAAGGCGAGGAGCCGCCAGCGAGUCGAGGCAUCACUCAGCCUCAAGCAGCUGCUGUAGGAGGACAACACCACCCAAACACAGAGAGAGAGAGACAGGAGAACGAGAGGUUGCCCACAAAACCCAUCUUUGGAGGGCCAUCAUCCCCCAAGGCCCAGGAAGACAGCAGAGAGGAGUGUGGGACGGUUUCUAAGAGAAGGGGCUCGACCGCACCCAUCCAGAGAGGAGCGAUGGACCCUCGGAAGUGGACGGGAGGCCUGCUGGUCCUGUCUACUGCACUACCCUAUGUCGAAGCGUUGACCCCAUUGUACGACCCUAAACUCUGCUACAUUCUGGACGGCUUCCUCCUGCUCUACGGUCUCGUCAUCACUGGACUGUUGCUCAGAGAGAAAUUCUUCAAGUCCAGGGGCAAGAUAUUGGAGGAUGACGAUAUCUACACUGAUCUGAAACCUACGGACGGGAGCGGUUAUGGACGAAUAAACAGAAAAGAUCCAGAGAGUGCAACGGCACGCGAUAAUCGCAGGAAUAAUGACGACACUUACACGUCCCUUAAAAAACCAACAGACGACACGUACAGGGAGAUCGCUGUGAAGGACAAGCAGCGCCGCAGGAACAAGAACGACCAGGUGUACCAGGGUUUGAGUGCCGCCACCAAGGAUACCUAUGACUCUCUCCAGAUGCAGCCUCUCCCUCCUCGCUAACAGAAACAUCAUGGAGGAUCACGCCUCGUCCAGCGGUCUCUCCUGUUUGCCUUUCUAUCUGCAACCAGUAUACUGCUACAGCGUUGUUGUAUGCAACAGUUACAUAUCCCUCUUCUCAAAUCAUUUUAAAUUGGUGAAUAGUUAGUUAUUUACCCACCAACAUCUAAUAAUCACUGGUAUCUAGAACAUUCCUUGUUGUGUAAAAAGUAUGUUUGCAGUUGUGUUACUCCCUUUUUAUCUUUCAGGCUUUUGUUGGAAAAUCUGUAGACUUUUGCGCCAGUAACAAUUUUAUAACUGUCUUAAAAUAUAAUCAAGUUCAUAUAUUAUCACUAUUUUAUGACUUUAGCUCAUCUCUUCUCCCCAUACACCCCCAGUCUGUAACCUUUGACCUUGAAACUCAUUCUACCAACCCUUCCUCAUUGGCUACUGCUUUUCUAGUUUAUACCUGGAGUAAUGUAAUUAAAGAAUAAAUAUGUAGGUUGUUAUUUUGCAUACAGUGUACAGUGUAAACUUUCCCCUCAUGUUUAUAAGAAAUAAUGUGCCUCAGCACUAUAAUAUAGCCAUUACAAAAACCUGAUUAUCAGGUUUGUCCUUUUCUUCUGCAAAGGAGAGACACAAUGGCAACAAUGUUACUACUUUUAAUGAUGUUUAUAACAAAGUUACAGUAAGAGAUUUUUCAUAUACAUUUGUAAGUAAAAAAAAAAACGUAAUCCCCCAAAUACAGCAGACAAACAGGUCGACAAGAUGGGACAUAGCUAAACGACCACGGUCUCCCUACGUUGUUCCCGUGACAACAGUGUGGCGUGAUAGUAGUUGAUAUAGCAGUAGUAAGCUAGUAUACUGUUGAGUGGGUGUGUUCAUCAUCUAUGUAGUCUGCCAAGUAGUGACAUCACACCUUGCAUUGCCACAACCAUGGGUGUCACCACCUAGUGUUAGUGUGACAACUGCUACCUCACUAAACGAGACAGGAGGAAGUAGGGACCAGAUUUGGAGUGGUGUACUGUAAUCCGUUAUGUUAUCAGAAAAAAUCUUGUAAUCAGAUUAUACUUUUGAAAAACUAGAUGAGUACUUCUUGGUUUACAAAAAUGUUACAUUGACACCUUUCUGUUUUAUCAAUUACAUUAAAUUAGGCAUUGAAAAGCA